AAUUUAUGCAAAUCAAUGCAACAAUUUCAGGGUCCAACCUUUUCCGAAUUGUGCACACUGAAAUUGUUGCCACUUCUAUCUGCCAGGAACAGCUUGUAGCAUACAGAUUAUGAUUUGCGAAAAGUGUCCCCAAGCCGAACCGCUUAUCUGACUUACACCACCGUGUAAUUCAUGUCACAUGCUGCUCAAACAGCAAUCCCAAGUGCAUCAGCAUCUCGCCAACAUGCAGUGCGCACCAAACGGUGCGCCGGAUGCGCUUCGUUAACCGUCGUUGGAAACUGCAUCCAUCUGCGCGCGCGGGGUUUGAAAAUUUUCCCUCUUUUAGCAGCUGGUUAGUCGCCAACAGCAGUGCCACCGGGCGAGUGCAAGAUGCAUCGUUCCUCCACGUGGUGUCGCGAGAUUGUGAUCUUGAUCGUCGCGUUGAAGUUGUGCUACGUGAAUCUGUGCUCCGGUGAUUGGGUGGAGAUUCCCUUUUUGCAGCCAUCGACGACCACCCAGAAGACAACGAUCAUUCGGAAGAACAUCAACCGUCCGGUGUUUGCGGUUGAUUCGGGAUUUAUGAGCCAUGUGCUUCCGCCAUCGUUCGCGAUCGCCAGUGAUCGCGAAUCGGAGGAAUCUGAAGAAGAAGAAGAAGAUGGUGAAAUCUCUCCUCAAUCUCCGAUAAAUUAUGCCACGUUGUCGACUCCUGUGAGGAUUACCAGUUUAGUAGAUUUUGAGGAGUUCAGACGACGGUCUACAACCACCAGUACAACCGAGUCGCCGUUCAACGUAUUUCCGGAGAAAUACUCACAUUUUCAGAAACGGAUCUACGAGUAUCCGCGAGUGAAUGUGUCCACCAAAUUGGGAUGGAGUUCGCCGAAAGACGAGAUGCACUUUGUGAUGAGUUCGGAUAAGACUUCCCCGGGUCAAGUUGAUCGUCAACCCAUGAGCAACAAAUAUCAGGAGGAAUCGAUCGAGUACCUGAAUGGAGUGGCUCCUGGAUCGAUGCCUCAUCGACCACCUUACCAGACAGUGAAUGAUCGAGUUGAGAUACCAGUCCCUUCCUCCACGGGGGAAAACGACCGUCAAUCUGAGGAAUCCAGCUCAUCUGAGGACAAGGACAUCUACUCGUCUAACCCAAAUCGAACUGUGGAAGAACGUCCCCUAGACAAGGAUCGCUUCCACGACUUCGACGACUACGACGAAGUGCAUCCCCUAGAAUCGCUCAACAAUGUGACCAUAGUUAAGCGUCGCAGACGACCCGGUCCGCAGGGACAGGUGACUAUUGUGAAGGUUUUCCCUCCGAGAAGACAUCAUCUUCGCCCAACGGCGGAUCCUAAUAGCGAAGGGGGCUUUUCCGGGUUCGUGAAUUUCCUGAAGCGCAUGCAGGACAAGUUUAUGCAGCGAACGGCCAAGAACAUCGGCGACAAGAUCAAAAUUCUACAGGACUUGAAGGAUCAGUUACUGCUGAGCAUCGAACGAAAAAUGACCACUUUGUGGCGCGAUCAAAACGAGCAGACUGGAGAAGAUGAUCAAAAGAAAGGUAAUCGUCGCGUGAAACGGGGCGGAGGCGGUUGGAUGGAUUACGGAGACCAUGGUGGUGGUCACGGUGGAAUGGACUUCCCGUCGGCGGAAGCGGCACAGCUGACGAUUUCCUUCCUCACAUUUGCGGUUUUUCUAAUAAAGUUGGUUUUGCAAGUGAUCAAUACGAUCAAGUCGAAACAUUACACGUACAAUUCGCUGGCUGGAUUGAAUGGGGUCACUGGGGCUACGUUGAAGAUUGUCAACCGAAGUAGAAGAAGCACUGAUCCCAACGCGGAUGAUCAUUGGAAGCUGAACAUUUUGAGUGCGAUUAACAAUUAUAAAUUCUCAUGAGAUAGGUAUAUUUAUGAUAAACACAAAGACAUUAACGAAAACUCUA